UCUUUGCUUCUCUUUGGAUAUCUCCAAAAUAUUUUCUAAUCCAAAAGAAAAUGACAAAUAUAUUUUACCAAUAUUAUAUACUUGGCACUGUUUGUCUUUAGCUUUUCUAUACUGGAAGCUGAUUGAUCUUACAGCUAAGCGUUUCUUUUUGUGUCCGUCUGAGGGAGUUUCUCUCUCUCUCUCUCUCUCUCUCCCUGUUGCCGUUGUUGACCACAACCACCUUUGAAUCCAUUGAAUUUUUUUUUGCCAAUAUAAUUUUAAACCAUUAAACAGGUUGCAUUUUUCUGCAAAAUCAAAAAGGUUUGCUUGUUUGGUUCAUUGGUCGCCGUGAUGAGCUCUGUUUUAGACAUAUUUACAAACACAAGCUGGACGAGUUUGUAGUCAAAGUGAUUACUUUUCUGGAGUAAAAACUUUAUCUUUGAUUGAUUUUCCCAAUUGGGUUUUCCUGUUUUUGGUAUUUAGUUAACGGGUUUCUAAUUGAUUUGCAUAUCUUUGCCUGAUUUGUGAGAUCGUGGGUUUACUAUAUUUUCGUUGGGUUUUGGAUAGAGCAUAUAAUAUAUAUAUAUAGCUGAAUUGUCAUUUUGGAGUUCGUGCGGUAUUUGGAGUUUAUUUUCUAUAUUUGUUUGGUCUAAGAAGUUUAAGGGAUGAAAGGGAAGGUUGGGACACCGGGAACCUACUUUGUGUUGAACACAGGAGGUAGAAUUCCUGCCAUUGGACUUGGGACAUGGCAGAGUGGUGGAGACCUUUGUGUAGAAGCUGUGAAAACGGCAUUGUCGGUUGGCUACCGUCACAUAGAUUGUGCACAUCUUUAUGGGAAUGAGGUUGAAGUUGGGGAAGCAUUAGCUGAAGCAUUUAGAGGUGCACUGAAGAGGGAAGACGUGUUCUUGACUUCUAAGCUAUACUGUACCAUGAAUUCCCUCAAUAAAAUCGAGAAUUAUGUUAGAGUUUCUCUUAAGAACCUUGGAGUUGCAUACUUGGAUCUCUAUUUGAUGCACUUGCCUGACUGUUCAGGGGUUGGUGAUGCCACUGAUCCUCCUUCAAAAUCUGGAAGUGAGUAUAGGCAAUUUUUGAAUAGGUUGAAGAAAGCAUGGAAAGCCAUGGAAGGUCUGGUUGGGCUUGGUUUGGUCCGGGCUAUAGGAGUCAGUAACUUCAGUGUGCAGCAGAUCAAGGAGUUGCUUAAAUUUGCGAAAGUUAUACCUGCAGUCAAUCAGGUGGAGUUGCAUCCUUUUUGGAGGCAAGAUGAACUUGUAAAGUUCUGUAAACUGAAAGGUAUACAUGUAUCAGCUCACACACCCUUAGGAGUACCUACUUCAAAUCCUGGACCAUCUGAUAGCAGUGGUAGUGGGGAAGAGGAACCUGGAACCCCUCGUAUAUCAUUCAGGAGGUCAAGAUCUGUCCAUGGACCUAUGCUGAAAUUGUCAGUUGUUAGAGAGAUUGCAGACAGACACAAAAAAACACCUGAGCAGGUUAUUCUACGUUGGGGACUUCAGAGAGGAACCAGUGUCCUACCAUGUAGUUUGAAGCCUGACCGGAUACGAAAAAACAUAGACCUCUUUAGUUGGUCUCUAUCAGAUGAGGAAUGGAACCGAUUGAACCAGAUCGAACCACAGGUUUGCUUGUUUGGAAAUAGUCCUCUGAAUAAUCUUUCAGACAGUGGUUUUGUCUUUGGAAGUGGUCCACUCCAGUCUGUGCGUGAGAUGGAAGAUGACCUGGAGUCCAAUACCUAGCUACUCAGUAAUAUAUAUUUUUUUUCUUCAGAUAAUGUAAUUCCAGUUUGCUUUCAAAGUUGUGAUUAUCCAUUAAAAUGUUAUAUGCCACCCACCCCAUUGUUUGUAAGAUUUUGAUUUUAUGGAUGCUGAAUAGAAAGUCAACACAGAUUGUUAAUAAUCCAAAUGAAAUAUAUUUCAUUGUUUAGAAAAAAAAUAAUUUCUUCCUGCAA